AUGGAGGACGAGGAAGGAUACAAGGCAUUGAACCUGCGGCCCAAGCGGGAUGGCUCUGGUGGCCCGUCCCCAGCCGGGAACCAAGGUUCCUGUCAGUGUCCUGGCUGGCUUCAGGUCGCUCUAGGGGCUGGGAAUCUCAUCCUGGCAGUGGCUGUGAUAUUGCUGGCAGUGUGUGUUUCCCACUUGGUGUCUGAGAAGGGACCGACCCCGGCAGUCCCUGGGACCGACGGAGCUGGGAGCGCAGACCCCAGCACAGCAGAAUGCAGCGCCCGCCUGGAGCGUUUCCGAUCCCAGCUGAGCCAACGUCUGUGCCACCCGGCCCCGCCCGGCCCAGCAGGGGGCUCUGGGUGCAAACUCUGCCCCACGGACUGGCAGCUGCGCGGGGACAAGUGCUACUGGGUCUCCAGAGGACGUAAAACGUGGAGCGAAAGCCGAGCCGACUGCUCAGCGAGGGACUCCCAACUGCUGGUGAUCCAGGACCCUGAGGAGCUGGAGUUCAUAAAGGACCUGACAAAACAUUCACAUCUGUUCUGGAUCGGACUGUCCAUCUCUUCCUCGGAGAAGGCCUGGAUCUGGGUAGACGGUUCCCGGCUGGAUCAGAGCCUGUUCCAGGCACCAGGCCCGGCUGAGAACAGCUGUGGGGCAGUGUGGGGGAAAUGGAUUCAUUCUGACGCCUGCAGCUCUGGACUUCAUUGGAUUUGCCGGAGAGACGCCGUCCCGCUCUGAGCGGGGCAUCCAGGGCUCUUUACUAAUGGGAAGGAGCCUUUCAUCACUAAACCAUCGUGAAUGAUCCU